AUGGCAAAAGACGUCUUCGCCGUCCCCGUCUUCUUCAUCGUCUUCCGGGAGACUCUAGAAGUAGCAGUAAUCUGCUCCGUGCUCCUCGCAUUCCUCAAACAAACCCUCUCAGGUCCAUCCGCCGACCAAGCAGUCUACAAGAAACUCGUUAGACAAGUCUGGUACGGAACACUCCUCGGCCUCCUCCUCUGCCUCAUAAUCGGCGCCGGUCUCAUCGGCGCCUUCUACACCAUCGGCAAAAACAAAUGGUCGACCUCGGAAUACUACUGGGAAGCCAGCUUCUCGCUCCUCGCCUCGCUCAUCAUCAGCAUCCUCGGCGCCGCCCUCCUCCGCAUCUCGAAGAUGCAGGACAAAUGGCGCGUCAAGCUGGCCACGGCGCUCGAGUCUAAGCCCGUUACCGCAGGACAUAGCGGACGCUGGGCGGUGUUUAAGAGAUGGUGCGAAAAGUACGCGAUGUUUAUGUUGCCGUUUAUUACGGUACUAAGGGAGGGGCUGGAGGCGAUUAUUUUUAUUGCGGGUGUGAGUUUUAGUAGUCCGGCUGCGGCAGUGCCUUUACCUGUGGUUUGCGGGUUAUUAGCUGGCUGUGCAGCUGGUUAUGUUUUAUACAAAGGCGGCGCAACCUCUCGCCUCCAACUCUUCCUCGUCGUCUCAACCUGCCUCCUCUACCUCGUCGCCGCCGGCCUCUUCUCAAAAGCAAUCUGGUACAUCCAAGCGCAAACCUGGAACAACGUUGUCGGCGGGGACGCCGCUGAAAUCGGCGCCGGGCCAGGUUCCUACGAUAUCGACCAGAGCGUGUGGCAUAUCAACUACGGCAAUCCCGAGCUGAACGGCGGCGGCGGUUGGGGCAUCUUCAAUGCGCUGUUUGGAUGGACGAAUAGCGCGACGUAUGGCAGUGUGAUUUCGUAUAAUGUGUAUUGGAUUGCGGUGAUUUUGGGGUUUAUCGUGCUCAGGUUUCGGGAGACGAGGGGGCACUUGCCGUUUUUGAAGAAAAAGGGUAGCGUAGAAAGUGAGGUUGCGAGUGUGAGUGAGGGGAGUGGGAAUGGGAGUGGAGUUUUGGUGAAGGAGGAGGGGAAGACGGAGGUUACUGUGGCGCCAGUUUUGGUGAGGGAGAUUUCUUGA